GGCGGAAUGUUUUGAAAAUAUUUUUUUAUUUUGAUUUAUAAAUUUGAGUUUUAUAUCUCAAUAGUACAGGAUAUAGCCAUUAUUAGUACACCCAUACAAUAUUCUACAUAUGAAGCAAUGCCGAAAGAAGACAAAGUAAACGUCGAUGCUGAGGGAAGGGUACAAUGCUUUGACGAAUUUGGCUUUGCAAUUUUUGAAAAAGAUUUUGAACCAGAAAACCCAAGGUGUCACGAUUACAGUUACAGUAUUUCCAUCAACCAUGAGCACAGUGCAAAGGAAGUUGGGGCUUGGAAGAGGCUAUUGACAAAUUGGGACACAUUGGACCAGAGAUUUCAUACCAAGCUCCAGCGACUUAUGAGAAAUGGUGUCCCAAAACAUUUCCGCUGUACAUUAUGGAAAAAUCUACUUGGGAGUGAAAGUCUUGAAAAGUCAUCACAUUUUAGUUAUAAGGCCAACCUGGUUGCAAUAAGGGAACAGAUGGUUGAUCUUGGUAUCAGUGAGUAUGGAGCAGAAGGGAAUGCUCUCCAAGCUCUCAGUGAGGCACUAAAAACUAACAAUGAACUGAAACAUUCAGGUCAUGUUGAUGUGAACCACAUACGACAGAUACUCUUAGAUCUAGAUAGAACGUACCCUACUCACAAUCUAUACAUGGGUAAUGGAGGACCUGCGAGGGAGGGAAAGGCCUCACUAUUUAGGGUCCUCUCAUUAUAUGCCAGAUACAACCCAACCAUAGGUUACUGUCAAGGUAUGUCCUACAUAGCUGGAAUGCUACUGAUGCACAUGGAAGAGAAAGAUGCAUUCUGGUGCUUUGCUGCCUUAAUAGAGAGACAGAAAUAUCUUCAAGGAUACUUUGAUGACAAGUUGUCAAGAAUUCAAAGACAUGCUGCAGUAUUUGAGAAACUUAUGAAGCAAAGAUUUCCACAACUUAGUGAACAUAUUGAAAAUCACGGUUUACAACCCCUGAUGUUUGUAACUCCUUGGUUCAUGUGUUUGUUUACAAACCUGACAUGCUGGGAUACAGUGCUUGCAAUAUGGGACCUCAUUCUAGUGGAUGGGGUGACAACAAUUUUCCAGGUUGGUCUGGCAAUAAUGAAAGUGGCGGAAUCCAGACUUCUAGCAACAGACAGCUUAAUCAAACUAUUACCACAGAUGCUACAUCUUUCCAAUGAAAUUGUGCAAUAUGACACUCUGCUACCUGCUAUCUGGGAAACUCACAUAGAGAAGUGGGAGAUCCAUAGUCUGCAGGCAGUCAUACAGGAGGAAAAACAGCUGAAAGAGAGACAAUCAAUGAAGAGACGUCAUAAGACAGAUCAAGAGUAUAGCAGUCCAGUAGUUGCAAAGAGAGCUAAGCAUAAUUCAGAAUCUGUCCCCACCAGAAAUGGAUCUGUUCUAAGCAAACUAACAAACAUGUUUGUAUCAACAAAUGAGACAGCAGAAACAGGUGGAUCAACAGACCAAUCAAAAUCAUUGGCACAUAUGAGAGUGGCCUAUCACAGACAUCGUAACAGCCCAAGAAAGAAUAUCACUAGGAGGAGAAGUCCCAGGAGUUUGGGUGCUGGUUCUGCUUUAAGGAGUCCUGGUUUGGCUAAGCAAUUAGAAUCCAACAGAAAAAAUGUUUCUCCUUGUGAAGUAGCAAAUGAAAAUAGCUUUCAAGGGGACCUGUCAUUUAGUUUUGCGACUCCUGUACGAAGAAGCCCACGUAUUGCUAGGCUACAUGGAUUACUGCGAGACAUCAACACCCCAUCGGAGAAAAGGCUUGUCAGCAGUAAGGCUAGUGUGCAGCAUUCUUUUAAGAUGUUUCACACUCCCACACCUCUUAGAAAGUCACAGCGGAGUCCAGUCCAGUCCAACUCCACUGCAUCACCAAGCUUUGCCAGCCCUGAGCUAGAGCUUAGACCUAUGCAGAAGCUACAAUAACAGAUGAAAGGAAGGGACAUUUGUGGAAAACUCAAUAGUCAGGGAUCAUGUGUAGAAAAAACAAUAAGUGGGGGUAUAUUACAGAAAAUACAAUUAACAUGAAUAAGCAAUAUUUGAGAAAAUUGCAAUGAGUUGUAUGGUAUUUGUAGAAUAUACAAAUACAUGUAGUUUGGGGCUAAGUUGUUAUUUUACACACUGUGGCUAGUCAAAAUAUUUGGAUUCAGUCAGCCACAUCUUAUGUAUCAUAAGUUCAUGCUUCUGUACAUUUUAAUGGAAGAAUUAUGCACCUUUGUUUAAACAAUCCAUAUAAACUCAUCCCUGCAUAUCACGCUUCAUUGAUUUACCAACUUGUAGCUACAAUAUAAACACACAUUCGGUGGUAUUGUUACGACAAUAGAUAACUCAAGCGAGUUCACUUGACCAGUUUUAUCAUUGGUUACAGUUGUGAGAAGGUAUGUAUAAUUUGCCAUGGAUUCACCUUGUAAAUGGAGAGAAAUUCAAGUAAUAUAAUUACGUCAUGUUUCCAAAUAUGUUUGUGUGUUACAAAUCCAACUCUUUUCAUAAUAUCUUUGGGGUUAUUGUAUAAAAUACCCGUUUUGAAAAAGCAAUUUAAUUAUGACAAUGUUGUUCUCCCCAGGAUUUUUUCACAAGUGUGUGCAAAAUUCUUGAUUUCAUGAUUUAGACCUAAGAAUUGGUAUCGAUAUG